GGCAGCGAUAAAUGGUCCGCGAUAAAUGUUCACGAUGAAGCACGUUACAUGAAUGAACUCCUGAAUAUUAUGUAUCAUUUUAAGGCCUUGCUCAAGCGCUUACCACAAGUAAGAAGUAGUGAAUCAGUUGUUAGUUUCCUGGCAUCCUCUCACCAUUUGUGGGCUUCAUGAGAAUCGAUGGUAUAAAAAUACCGGUAUUUGACUUUGAAAUGAGUACAAAUAAGAAACAAGAACAUCAGCUACUACAUCGACUGCAAAGUCACCACUUCCUAGCAGAAAAUCCAGACAACUCUGCAUCAUGCCAAGCAGAUGCCCUGAGAAACAUGGCAUGCUCUCUGCAGUAUGCUGCAGCAAGUGAUAUAAUAAGCAAAGAAUGCAGCUUUUCUUGGAUUCAAGGUGUCCUGGAACGUUAUUCAUCCAUAGUGGAUUCUCCAGAGGAACAGAACGGUUUGAACAAUUUUGCUGAAGGAGCAUUGUCCAUCUGCCAAGAGCAUAAAAAUGAUAGCAAAGAAUGGAAGAGCUCUCUAUCAUAUGAUGCUGUAGCAAAGUUAGAUUGUGUUCAGAAAUAUUUCAAGGCAGCCAAGGAAUCUGCUGAAACAAUUUUACCUGCCAGUCAUGUGGCUCAACAAAUUGCUAUGUGUGACACCUCAUCAGUUGCUGGAAGCACAGCUUAUAACAGAGGGAAUACUGCUGGUCAAAGACCAAAUCCCACAGUGCCAAGUCCAGCAUACAAUCCAAAAACUGAAACUGCAUGUAGCAGUGAAGGAGUUAUCCAACAGCAGGCUCAGAUUGGAUCAAGAAACCACUCCCUCAUGCUUAAAAAGCCUGAUGGAAACCAUGAACUUUCAAGGCUGCCUUUUACAUGUAAUUCUACCAGUAGUGGCUCUUCUGAAUAUGGAUAUGGAAAGAGGAAAUUUGGAACUCAGGGAGGACCUUUCAGUGGUUUUGGCAAGUCAGCUGCAGCAGUUUCAAACUCUUACAGCAGGGUAGAAAACAUUCAGAAUGGCAGAGGAACAGUAAAAAGAGACAAUAUAUGUGCAGAAGAUGAUGGAGACAGUAAAGCUGGAAAAUUUGAUGCUUUUAGAACAGCAAAUGAACAGCUGAAAUUAAAUCAGAUGAAAAAAAACAGUCGCCAAGGGCCAGUGAAUGCUUCAAAUUAUGGAAUGAAUAAGAAGUCAUUGGGAACAAGGAGGGGUCUUACUAGUAAAUUUGUGCCUCCAGUAAUGAAUAGAGAUGGCAGUGAUUCUGAUGAAAGCUCUACACUUUUGAAAAGAUCUGGACUCAAUAAAGCUCAAACAACAGAUGAACCAGUGGAUGAAAGACUUAAGAACAUUGACCCUAAGAUGAUUGAAUUAAUAGCAAAUGAGAUUAUGGACCAUGGUCCACCUGUGAGCUGGGAUGACAUUGCUGGACUGGAGUUUGCAAAAAAUACUAUCAAAGAGAUUGUAGUUUGGCCAAUGUUGAGACCUGACAUCUUCACUGGUUUGCGAGGUCCACCAAAAGGACUGCUAUUAUUUGGACCUCCAGGAACUGGAAAAACCUUGAUUGGAAAGUGCAUUGCCAGCCAGUCCAAGUCAACGUUUUUCAGCAUAAGUGCUUCCUCCUUAACUUCAAAGUGGGUAGGAGAAGGUGAGAAAAUGGUCCGUGCAUUGUUUGCAGUGGCCCGCUGCCACCAGCCAGCUGUAAUCUUCAUCGAUGAAAUUGACUCGCUGUUAACACAGAGGACAGAUGGGGAACACGAAGCUUCUAGGAGAAUCAAAACUGAAUUUUUGGUGCAAUUGGAUGGUGCAACAACUGGAGAGGAAGACAGAAUACUGGUUGUUGGUGCAACUAAUAGGCCCCAGGAGCUAGAUGAAGCUGCAAGACGAAGGUUUGUCAAGCGUCUGUACAUUCCUCUCCCAGAGACAGCUGCCAGGAGACACAUAGUGGUCCAUUUACUGUCACAGCAGACCUAUCAACUCACUGAGGAAGACCUGGACAGUAUUUGUGACAAAUCUGAAGGUUAUUCUGGUGCUGACAUGGCUAACCUGUGUAAGGAAGCUGCCUUAGGACCUAUCAGAUCUAUAGCGUUCAGUGAUAUAGAAAAUAUCACUGCAGAUGAGGUCAGACCUAUUACCCACCAAGACUUCAUGGCAGGGUUCAGACAGGUGCGUGCCAGCGUAUCGGAGGCAGAUCUGGACUUGUACAUAGACUGGAACAAGAAGUAUGGCAGCUUUGGAAUACAAGGGAUGUAGAUUGACUGAAAUGGCUCCUUUUUCCACUUGAUAGGCACUUUUUGACAAUGUCUAAAAGAGACUGGAAGAUCUGCUGUGGAGGCUUGUUAUGAGUCUUAAAAGAUAUAAAACACUGAACACAGAUACAAUGAAAUAGAAUUUUGUUCUUUUAUUUUCAAAUGUCAGUUAGUUACAUAGAUACAGGAAUAAACGUAAAGCAUGUAAUGAAUUUCGCUUUCUGUUGCUGGAGCAUGGUAUU